AUGAAAAAUAUGAAAUUUUGCAUUUCUUUAGAAUCAGUUCCAUUUCACAAUUGUACCGAUGUUGACUUUACAUUGAUUCUCGAGUACAUUUUUCCAUAUCCUCAAUCUAAGAAACCCGUUAUUGGCAUUAACGGUACAUCUCCUGGUCCAACGAUUGAUGUCUACGAAAAUGAAACAGUUUGCAUUCGAGUCAUUAAUAAAUUAGAUGUUCCUUCAGCCAUUCAUUGGCAUGGUGUUCGACAAUUAGGUACACCAGAUAUGGACGGUGCUACUGGACUAAGUCAAUGUGCUAUACCUCCAGGACACGAAAUGAUUUAUAAGUUUCAAGCAACGCCAGCAGGAACAACAUGGUAUCAUGGACAUCUUCUCGAACAACUCACAGACGGAUUAAUGGGAGCAUUAAUUAUUCAUCGUCGUCCGGAAACAUAUGCAGAUUUGUAUCAAAGUGAACAAGUAAUUAUGAUCGCAGAUUGGUAUAAUAUUCCUGCGCACACGGGACUAGUUCCCUAUCAUUUUAGCCCAACAAAUCCUUUUGGUCUUCCUCCUCCACCAGAUGCUAUUUUGAUGAAUGGUAAUUUUACUCAGUCGGUGUUCUUUCCAGUUGAUGGUGCAGAAGUUAUUCGAUUUCGUGUGAUAUGUGCUGCUGCAUUCUCAAUGUUUACAAUAUCAAUUGAUGGUUGUGAGUUAACUGUUAUUGAAGUCGAUACAACAACGACCAAACCGUAUGCAGUCGAUUCAUUUACAGUAAAUGUUGCUCAACGUGUUUCUUUCUUGUGUAACUUAACCCAGUUAAAUCCAACUUAUACUGCAUCCCGUUCCAAAUCAAUUUAUAUACGAAUACAAGCUAAUGAGGCGGUCUAUGCUCAAGACGUUCCUAAUUUUAUUCCUCCUUACGAAAAUCGAUGUUAUCCUUAUCCAACUUUCUUCACUUCAUUAUAUCUUGCAUUUUUAUCACUUGAUUCAACAAACUCAACACCAACAUAUCCAGCUAGUUUCGCAACUCCAAUACUAUCGAAUGUUACUCCUCCACUCGAUACAAAUAUUCUAGAUGCUCGACCUCUGAUUCGAAAUGCAGACGGAAUUCCAGAUGCAACUCAUUGCUUAUAUAUUCUGGUUACAUUUGGUCUGGCAUCAAAUGGAUAUGGUGCUGCAUUUGUGAAUAACGUCACAUAUAGUUCAGAUGCUAAUUAUAUGCAUAUGAGACCUGAUCCACCUGUGGGAUUUACUUCAGAUUUAUAUGAACCAUUACUCUAUCAAAUGGUAAGAAAACCUAAUCAACUAGCAAUUCCAGAACCUAUUCUGGAAGAGGGAAGCGAAUGUCUAGCCAUUCAAAGUGAUAAUAAUGGACACUAUUUAAUCCCUUAUCUAGCUGUUGUUGAUUGUCUUAUAAACAACACAGCUGGUGGUGAACAUCCGUUCCAUUUACAUGGUCAUAAUUUUUGGAUUGUCUCAACAUCGGACUAUCCCGAAGCUGAAACGCUGUAUGCCGGAGACUAUACUAUACGUGAUACUGUCAGUGUACCAGCAGGUGGUUGGGCUAAAAUUCGAUUUUUUGCCGAUAAUCCUGGUGCUUGGUUCUUCCACUGUCACAUCGAAUGGCACAUGGCAGAUGGACUAGCUGUAGCUAUGAUUGUUGCACCUGAACAGCUUUUGACUAAUGGUUAUACAAUUCCACAAAGUGGACAAAAACAGUGCGAAGCACUACAACGAUUCAAUACGACUUAUGAUCCUGUACCACCCUCAAGUUAA